AUGCCGAUCGAGCCCGAGGACAUGUGGCAUGCGAACAACCUCAUCUCCGCGGAAGACGUCAUCAGGGCGCAUGCGGUACGGAAAGUCACCACCGAGUCGAAGACGGGCAGCACCCAGUCCGAGCGAGUACACACCGACCUGGUCAUCCGGGUGACGUCGACCUUCUUCGACACGGCCGCCUCGCAAUUACACGUCUCGGGCACCGUCAUCGUCGAGAACAGCUUCGUCAGCCUCGGCCAGUAUCACACCCUCGAUCUCGAGCUCAACCGACCCUUCACAUUAUGGAAGUCGCACGGCUGGGACUCGGUCGCGCAGGAGACCCUCCAGGAGGCGCUGAAGCAGGACAAGGAAGGCGCCGUCGCAGCGGUGGUUAUGCAAGAGGGCGUCGCGAAUAUCUGCCUCAUCACCGAGUACCGAACGAUCCUGAAACAGCGAGUGGAAAGCACCAUACCGAAGAAGCGCUCCGCCAGCUCAGACCAGAGCAGCGGUAUGAAACGGUUCUACGAUAAGACGCUGGGCACGCUGUUGCGAAGUAUUGAUUUUAGUGUCCCGCGCCCCCUACUACUGGCCAGCCCCGGCUUUGUUGCCGGCGACUUCAAGAAGUUCAUCCAGGACGAGGGUACGCGCAAGGGAGACAAGGCCAUGAUGGCCCUUGCCAAGGAAGCAACCGUCGUCCACUCGAGCUCCGGCCAUCUUCACAGCUUGAAUGAGAUUCUCAAGAGCCCCGAAGUUCUGGCCACAAUGAAGGAUAUGAAAUUCUCAAAAGAGACACGGACAAUGGAUGAGUUAUUCGACAGGCUCAGGAAAGACGACGGUCGAGCCUGGUAUGGUGUGUCGACGGUGGAAAAGGCAGUCAACGAAGGUGCGGUAGGGAGAGGCGGCGGUGUUUUACUCGUCAACAAUUCGCUGUUUCGCAGUCUAGACAUUGCGACGAGGAGGAGGUAUGUUGCCAUGGUGGACAAGGUCAGAGAAGAUGGUGGCGAUGCCCGCAUCCUGAGCAGUGAUCAUGAAAGCGGUCAACGUCUCGAUGCUUUGGGAGGCAUCGCUGCAAUCUUGACCUACCCCAUUCAUGACUUGGACGAAGAUGACGGGGGGAGUGUCCCAGGAGAAGAAGCGUCUGAAGAAAUGAUCAUAUGA